AAGGAAGAUGUGUAUGACAAUUUUUAUACACUGAAAGUGGUAGAUGUUUGGAAGGUGGUGAAAACAGAUACAAUAGUGAUAUUUAGAGGCAUUUAGAGGGUUAUGGAUCAUGUGCAGGCAAAUGGGAUUAUUUUAAAUUGGGCAUCUUGACAGCAUAGACAUCGAGGCAUCGAAAGGUUUGUUCCUCCACUGUAUUGCACCAUGUUCUCAAGUUAACAUUUCGGGUCAAUAAUCUCUCACGAGAACUGGGAAAAGUGACCAAUUAAUGUAUGGGCAAGCUUUGCAAGUGAAGGAAGAUGGACAUGGAGGGAAAUCAGUGGUAAUAGGAUGAAGAAGCAGAUGAUGUGACCCUGAUGUUCUCCUUUUCCCUUCCAUUUUAUUUAUUAACCUGAACAGAGCAGGCAGACCCCUUCUCUCACAUAUGUAGGAAUAAGCUUCAUUGUGUACUAAUUGCAAUUCGAACUCUGGUCAAAGAGGAGAACUUCUGCUUGCUGACCAAUAAGGACAGGCAGAAAAAGAUUCUGAUCCAGAAGGGAACAUUUAUUUUGUUUAGGAUGGAACUACAGAUGAUGGUUUACACUGAAGAUAGACACAAAAUGCUGGAACUAUGCAGCCGGUCAGACAGCAUCUCUGGGGAAAAGGAAUAGGUGAUGUUUCAGGUCGAGGCCCUCCUUCAGACCCAUAUUUCUUUAUUUUAUCUCCUUGCAGUACCUUCUUAGACAGUGAAUCCUCUUGAGUGAAAAUCAAUGAUAUCCUGCAAAACAAACUCCCCUUGAGCUAUUAUUAAGCAACCAGUCUCAUAUGUUUAUCCAGUUAUCCCACUAGUCUUACCAACACCAACCGUCCAAGUUCACACUCAGUUACAGUUCCUCAGUCAGAGUUAAUAACAUCAAACUAAAUGAGAGCAAAUAAUUCUAAUUCCAAAACCAGUUUUGAGUCAGCUGCCCUUUUCAGAAGUGAGUGGAAAGUGCACCAUCUAUUGUGCGUUUAGUGGUUAAAAAAAGGACAAGUGAAUCCACAGGUGAAACUAUAUAGAAUGAAAAGAGUUCCCUUUUGAAAUGUUUGUAGUUCUGCUCAAAGGAAUGCCAUAGAAGAGAUCCACUUUUCGAUGAAGUCAGACUUCAAUGAUGAAUUUCACCCCAUUGCAUUCAGGGAGCAAGUUAAAUCUGCAACCAUCUGAGGAAAAGAGUGCUUGAAACAUCAAAUAAAACACAGUUAAAAAUCUCCAGAGCAGCAGCGAUCCUUGUAUUUUUUGGUUUGUUGUUUGUCCCCAUUACUGUAAGAGGAGGACCUUCUGCUUAGAUUCCUUUUGAUCUGCCAAUGAUGGACGCCACAACGGCAUAUGGUGACUACGAAUAUCCCUGUGAUAAGGGCAACUUCAACGAAUUUGGAUCAAUUUUGAUGCCUAUCUUUUAUUCCCUAGUGCUAUUGCUUAGUUUACUUGGAAAUGGACUUGUUUUAGUCAUACUGGUAAAAUAUGAAUAUCUAAAAUCAAUAACAAAUAUAUUCAUUCUUAAUCUUGCCAUUUCAGAUUUACUCUCUGCUAUUAGCCUUCCCUUCUGGGCAGUGCACCAUUCACAGGGAUGGAUCUUUGGAAAUGUGAUGUGCAAAAUAAUGAGUGGCAUAUUUUAUGUUGGCUUUUACAGUGGUAUAAUGUUCCUGACAUUGAUGACAAUUGAUCGGUAUCUUGCAGUUGUUCAUGCAGUAACUGCUGUGAGGUCCAGAAAAGUUCGCUAUGCCACAAUAACAAGCAUUGGUGUCUGGCUAGUUAGUAUAAUAGCAACCAUUCCUGAUUUUUACUUUUCCAAACAAGGAUCAGAUGAUAAUGAUCGCUAUAUUUGUGAUAAUAUUUACCCGAUAAAUAAUAUAGCUUCAUGGAAACUGUUAAAGAAUUGUCAACAAAAUGUGCUGUUUUUUACCCUUCCAUUGAUUAUCAUAGUGUACUGCUAUUUUAGGAUAAUUCAAACAAUAUUAAAGUGUAGAACAGUGCAGAAGCACAGGACUCUGAGAGUGAUAUUCACCAUUGUGGUGGUGUUUUUUUUUAGUUGGGCACCAUACAAUAUUGUAAUUUUUUUGAGAUCUUUGGAGGAAUUCCAAAUCUUGGAUGGUCAGGAUUGUGACUAUGACAAACAAAUGGAUUAUGCGGACCUUAUCUCUCACAGCCUAGCUUAUUUCCAUUGCUGCCUUAAUCCUAUUUUUUAUGCUUUCGUGGGCGAAAAAUUUAGAAGGCACCUCAUUUAUUUCUGUGGCCACCAUUUGCCACAUAAUCCAAUUUGCCACAAGCAGAUGCAUGUCAGCAAGAAUACCCAUGUAGAAUUUUCGGAUGGUGACGAUACAACAAAUAACUGGUAAAAACAUGGAACAUUGAAGAGUGCAGCAGAGGAUCAGAUAGAUCCUUUGGCCCACCAAGUCUGUGUUGAUCACCAUCCCAAUGUAAACUAAUCCAAUCUGACUGAAUAUGUUCCAUAUCACUUCAUUCUUGCCCAUUUAUGUAUCCGUUCAAAUACAUCUUAAACAUUGCUAUCAUAUUCAAUUACCUAUUACAAUAGACAAUAGGUGCAGGAGUAGGCCAGCACCGCCAUUCAAUGUGAUCAUGGCUGAUCAUCCCAAAUCAGUACCCCGUUCCUGCCUUCUCCCCAUAUCCCCUGACUCUGCUAUUUUUAAGAGCCCUAUCUAGCUCUCUCUUUCAAGCAUCCAGAGAACCUGCCUCCACCGCCCUCUGAGGCAGAGAAUUCCACACUCAUUCAACAGAAUUACAUUCUCUAUUACUGCAUUACAGGCACCUACCACUCGCUGUGUAAAAAAAACUGUCCUUUAAACUUCACUCCUCUCACCAUAAACAUAUGCCUUCUAGUAUCUGACAUUUCCACCCUGAAAAAAAACUCUGCAUACCUACCCUAUCUCUGCCACUUAUAGCUUUAUAGAAACAUAGAAACAUAGAAAAUAGGUGCAGAAGUAGGCCUUUCGGCCCUUCGAGCCUGCUCCGCCAUUCAAUAUGAUCAUGGCUGAUCAUCCAACUCAGUAUCCUGUACCUGCCUUCUCUCCAUACCCCCCCUGAUCCCUUUAGCCACAAGGGCCACAUCUAACUCCUUCUUAAAUAUAGCCAAUGAACUGGCCUCAACUACCUUCUGUGGCAGAGAAUUCCACAGAUUCACCACUCUCUGUGUGAAAAAUGUUUUUCUCAUCUCGGUCCUAAAAUAUUUCCCCCUUAUCCUUAAACUGUGACCCGUUGCUCUGGACUUCCCCAACAUCGGGAACAAUCUUCGUGCAUCUAACCUGUCCAACCCCUUAAGAAUUUUGUAAGUUUCUAUAAGAUCCCCUCUCAAUCUUCUAAAUUCUAACGAGUACAAGCCGAGUCUAUCCACUCUUUCUUCAUAUGAAAGUCCUGACAUCCCAGGAAUCAGUCCGGUGAACCUUCUCUGUACUCCCUAUAUGGCAAUAAUGUCCUUCCUCAGAUUAGGAGACCAAAACUGUACGCAAUACUCUAGGUGUGGUCUCACCAAGACCCUGUACAACUGCAGUAGAACCUCCCUGCUCCUAUACUCAAAUCCUUUUGCUAUGAAUGCUAACAUACCAUUCGCUUUCUUCACUGCCUGCUGCACCUGCAUGCCUACUUUCAAUGACUGGUGUACCAUGACACCCAGGUCUCGUUGCAUCUCCCCUUUUCCUAAUCGGCCACCAUUCAGAUAAUAGUCUACUUUCCUGUUUUUUGCCACCAAAGUCGAUAACAUCACAUUUAUCCACAUUAUACUGCAUCUGCCAAGCAUUUGCCCACUCACCCAGCCUAUCAAGUCACCUUGCAGCCUCCUAGCAUCCUCCUCAUAGCUAACACUGCCCCCCAGCGUCGUGUCAUCCGCAAACUUGGAGAUGUUGCAUUCAAUUCCCUCAUCCAAAUCAUUAAUAUAUAUUGUAAAUAGCUGGGGUCCCAGCACUGAGUCUUGCGGUACCCCACUAGUCACUGCCUGCCAUUCUGAAAAGGACCCGUUUACUCCUACAGUUUGCUUCCUGUCUGCCAGCCAGUUCUCUAUCCACAUCAAUACUGAACCUCCGAUACCGUGUGCUUUAAGUUUGUAUACUAAUCUCUUACGUGGGACCUUGUCAAAAGCCUUCUGAAAGUCCAGAUGUAACACAUCCACUGGUUCUCCCUUAUCCAUUCUACUAGUUACAUCCUCGAAAAAUUCUAUAAGAUUCGUCAGACAUGAUUUACCCUUUCAUAAAUCCAUGCUGAGUUUGUCCAAUGAUUUCACCACUUUCCAAAUGUGCUGCUAUCCCAUCUUUAAUAACUGACUCUAGCACUACCGAUGUCAGACUAACUGGUCUGUAUUUCCCUGUUUGCUCUCUCCCUCCCUUCUUAAAAAGUGGGGGUGCAUUAGCUACCCUCCAAUCCUCAGGGACUACUCUAGAAUCUAAAGAGUUUUGAAAAAUUAUCACUAAUGCAUCCACUAUUUCUGCGGCUACUUCUUUGAGUACUCUGGGUUGCAGCCUAACUGGCCCUGGGGAUUUAUCGGCCUUUAAUCCAUUCAAUUUACCUAACACCACUUUCCGGCUAACCUGGAUUUCACUCAGUUCCACCAUAUCAUUUGACCCCCGGUCCCCUGCUAUUUCCGGCAGAUUAUUUAUGUCUUCCUUAGUGAAGACAGAACCAAAGUAGUUAUUUAAUUGGUCUGCCAUGUCCUUGUUCCCCAUGAUCAAUUCACCUGUUUCUGACUGCAAGGGACCUACAUUUGUUUUAACUAAUCUUUUUCUCUUCACAUAUCUAUAAAAACUUUUGCAGUCAGUUUUUAUGUUCCCUGCCAGUUUUCUUUCAUAAUUAAGCCCUUUGUCCUCCUCUGUUGGACUCUGAAUUUCUCCCAGUCCUCUGGUAUGCUGCUUUUUCUGGCUAAUUUGUAUGCUUCAUCUUUUGUUGUGAUACCCCAUCCCUUGUUAUCCACGGAUGCACUACCUUCCCUGAUUUAUUCUUUUGCCAAACUUUGAUGAACAAUUUGUGUAGUUCAUCCAUGCAAUCUAUAAAUGCCUUCCAUUGCCUAUCCAUCAUCAACCCUUUAAGAAUCAAUUGCCAGUCUAUCUUGGCCAAUUCACGCCUCAUACCCUCAAAGUUACCUUUCUUUAAGUUCAGAACCCUUGUUUCUGAAUUAAUUACAACACUCUCCAUCCUAAUGAAGAACUCAACCAUAUUAUGGUCACUCUUGCCCAAGGGGCCAUGCACAACAAGACUAUUAACUAACCCUUCCUCAUUACUCAAUACCCAGUCUAGAAUAGCCUGCUCUCUCGUUGGUUCCUCUUCAUGUUGGUUUAGAAAACUAUCCCGCAUACAUUCCAAGAAAUCCUCUUCCUCAGCACCCCUGCCAAUUUGAUUUACCCAAUCUAUAUGUAGAUUGAAGUCACCAAUUAUAACCGUUUUACCUUUGUUGCAAGCAUUUCUAAUUUCCUGUUUGAUGCCAUCCCCAACCCCACUACUACUGUUAUAUAACUACUGUUAUAUAAUUUUUAUCAGGUCACUAUUCAGCCUUCAAUGCUCAAGAGAAAAAAACCCAAAUAUGUUCUGUAACUACACUCAUGACACUCAAACGCAGGCAAUAUCCUGAUAAAUCUCUUCUCCCCCCAGAGCAUUCCUAUUGUGUGGUGCCCAGAACUGCACAUAAUAUUCCAAACGUGGCCUUACUAAAGUUUUGCAAAAGUGCAACAUGAUUUCCCAACUUUCAUAUUCUUUGCCCUGACCAAUGAAAGCAAGAAUGCUGUAUACCUUCUCUAUCACCCUGUCCUGUCAUGUGGCCACAUUCAACAAAUUAUGGAUUUGCACCCCAAGAUCCCUCUGCAUGUUAAUGCUCUGAAUACUUCCCUCCUGCAUUUAGCCUCCCAAGAUGCAUUAUUUUAGCACACUUAAAAGGAUUAAUCUCCAUCUGCCAUUUAUCCACAUGAAUUUCAAAUUGAUCUAUAUCCUGCUUUAUUAUUUGUCAACUUUAGUUUGGUGAUAGAGAUACAGCGUGGAAACAGACCCGUUUUCCCUCAGAGUCCAUGUCCAUUCACCAUUUCACAAUUUCUAUGUCAUCCCACUUUUGCAUCCUACACACUAGGGGGAAUUUACUGAAGCCAAUUAACCUACAAACCUGCACGUCUUUGGGAUGAGGGCGGAAACUGGACCACCCGGAGAAAACCCACAUGGUUGCAGGGGAACUUACAAGCUGGACUAGAGGGAGCCCAGGUCUCCGGUGCUGUGAGGCAGCAGAUCUACCACUGCGCCACCUAAUUUUCCUUACUAUACACAACUUUAAUUUUCAUGUUGUCUAUCACUUUGUAAUUAGACCAGCUACAUUUUCAUCCAAUCAUUAAUACAGGUGCACAACCUUUUAUCCGAAAGCCUUGGGACCAGACACUUGUCGGAUUUCGGACAUUUUCGGAUUUCCGAAUGGAAGAUUUUUAGCGUAGAUUAGGUAGGUAGCGCGGGCGGCUUGAAAAGUCUGGAGCGGCUGCCUCCUCCCCGGAGACCGGGGAAUCAUUGUAAAUCAUUGCAUAAAUGUUAGUCAGUUAGUUUGGAGGGAUUUU